GUACGCACUGCAGCAGAUGCAGCAGGCGCGGCAGCAGUCGGCGGGGCUGCCGCCGCCCUGGGCCGUGCCCUACCCAUACAAGCUGCUGGACCCGCGGCUGGCGGCGCUCUGCCGCCCGCCCGAAGAGCCCAAGCCGCAGCACUCGUACAUCGGCCUGAUUGCCAUGGCCAUCCUCAGCCACGCCGACCGCAAGCUGGUGCUGAGCGACAUCUACCAGUACAUCCUGGACAACUACAGCUACUUCCGCAACCGCGGCACCGGCUGGCGCAACAGCAUCCGCCACAACCUCUCGCUCAACGACUGCUUCAUCAAGGCCGGCCGCUCGCCCAACGGCAAGGGCCACUACUGGGCAAUCCACCCGGCCAACGUCGACGACUUCCGCAAGGGCGACUUCCGGCGGCGCAAGGCGCAGCGGCGUGUCCGCAAGCACAUGGGCCUGACGGUGGACGAGGAGGACUCGCUGUCGCCGCCGCCGCCGGGCGCCGGCCUGGGCCGGCCUACGGCGGCCGCCCCCCCACCGCGCCGCCGCCAGUUCGACGUGGCCUCGCUGCUGGCGCCCGACGAGCCGCUGACCCGGCUCGAGCCGGCCGACGACGAGCUCGACGUCGUCAACGGCGGCGACGGCUCGCACGACCCGCGGCGCCGGCGCCGAGCCAGGCCGACCCGGUUCGCCCUGGGCUGA